UAUUAAGUGAGGAAGUUGCUAGGCCGGGUUAUUCAGCGAGCCGAGGCGUCACUCUUCCCGUACCCGCUUCCCCGCUCUGGGGGAUGGGGGUGGGGAGACUGCCGCAAUAUCUAGUGUCGAGGCCAAUAGUCUUCGGCAAUUGAUUAUUCUGUGAAUUGCCCUGGACAUCUCCUUUAAAGAUGGAACCGUUCCUGAUCCCCCCCGCCCUUUUGGCCCCUCUGUCCAUCUCUUCCAGCUCAUUAACCAUCCAGGAGCUCUCUUCAUUUGUCGUCCAACCGUGUUCCGUGUUCUCCAAGCAAGACAUCCCAAGAUGACGACUAAUCAAUCUUCCCAGCCGCUACCAACAACUCAAAAGGCUGCCAUACUUGUGAAUCCAGGCCCCGACUUCAGCUUCGAGAUCCGCAAUGACGUCCCCGUCCAGCCCCUCGGCGCGCGCGACGUCCUUGUCUCCAUCGAGGUGACCGGCAUCUGCGGCACCGACCUCGGCCUCGCAUGCGGCGCCCUGGGGCCCUGCAGCACGAUCCUGGGCCACGAGGGCGUUGGUCGCGUCGUGGCCGUGGGCUCCGACGUGUCGGCGGCGACGGCGGCGUCGCUGGGCCGUCGGGUGGCCGUGGCGUGGAUCCGCGACUGCUGCGGCGCGUGCGCCGUGUGCAUGCGCGGCGAGGGCGAGACGCGCUGCCUGGGCCGCGUCUUCGGCGGCAUGGCCGUGCCCGGCACGCUGGCCGAGACGGCCGUCGUGCCCGAGAGAUACCUGUGCCCGCUGCCCGACGACCUCGAGCCAGAGGUCAUGGCGCCGAUUGUGUGCGGGGGCGUCACGGCGUAUAAGGCGAUCAAGACGUGUGAGGCUGUCCCGGGGUCGUGGAUCCUUGUCUCCGGGGGUGCGGGCGGGGUUGGCGGGUUGGCGGUGCAGUUCGCUAGUGCGAUGGGGUAUCGGGUCAUUGCGGUCGAUGGGGGCGAGGAGGGUGGGAAGCGGAGUCUUGCUGCUGGGGCGGAAAAGUAUAUCGACUUUCAGAAGGACAAGGAUAUCAAGGAGGCUGUCCUCCGCGAGACUGGGGGGCAGCUCUGCGCUGCGGCGAUUGUCUGUGUGGGAGCCUCCUCGGCUUAUGAGGCUGCGUUGCCCUGCCUGGACCAUUUCGGUGUCUUGGUCUGCGUUGGAAUCCCCCCAGGAGGGGCACAGGUUUCCUUCCACCCCAUCACGCUGAUUGACCUCGGUAUCAAGAUCAAGGCAUCGCUGGUUGGAAGCCGCGGUGAUAUAUUAGAGGCUCUAGAGUUUGUUCGGCGUGGGCUUGUGAAACCAAGGGUCUUCAGCAUCGCCAUGGAGGAGCUGAAUCAAUACGUGAGGAAGGUGGCGGAGGUGGAUGGAAAACUUCUUGUCAGAGUUCGUGAAUGAUCUAAUUAGUCGUCAAACAACCCGAAUGUUCAUGCCGAAGGGGGGCAUCUGAUGAGCAUUCCACGCCGUUACUCGUGUUGUUCCCGUGGAAAUGAGGGAGCGACACAUUAUUAGCACGCGCAAUAUGCAUUGAUCUUACAUGUAGCACCUCGAUAUUCGCGUUGUAAGUUUU